AAAAAAUGAGCAAUGUAAUUGAAUAUAUAUACAAACUAGACACCGACUCUUUAAUAUUUUUCACUCAUUUCUUCAGCCAUUUGAAUAGCUGCUAAGUGGAAAAAUUUUCGUAUUGUAUACCAAUACUGUCUCUCUAUAUACAGAGAUAUCCUUAAUGGACAUUAAAUGAUGAUUCCACAUGCUGGUUUAUACAAAUAUGCUUCUUCUUUUUUUUCAAAUUUUGAUUUCAUUUUUUUUUCGCCACAAUAAUCAAAAUCGUGGACAAUAAAGACUCUCUUGGAAAAAAUAAUAUCUUUUUUCGGUGUUGAUUAAAAUUCGAUAAUAAUAAUUUAUAAGAAUAAGAACGUAAAGAUAUAACAAUAAAAAAAAAUGUCACCACUUAAAGAAUUACAAGAUACAAAUUAUGAAGAUUUACCAAAUCUUGAGCCAAAUUUUAUUGAUUACCGUGUGAAUAGCGCUUCGUUUCGAAAACCAGAAAAAAUUGGCCAUUUUUCCUCUGAUUUGUAUAAAAAAAAUCGAACUAGAGAAAUGCGAUUCGAUGAAUCAAAUUUGUCAUAUCUGGAUCUUCCUCAGUCACUAGACUACCUUCAAUUAGAUUUGACCGAAGGAUAUGAUCGUUUUAAACAUAUCAACUGGGCGAACCCUAGUAUUGAUAAAUUGGAUGAAAUGCUUAAAUGGAUUUUAAAAAAUCGUCAUUUAAUCGAAAGCGGUAAUCAAGCUAAACCGCUGGAUUUUGAUUUCAUCACUCAAAGAGGAGUAUUUACAAGGAUCAUGUGUACGCCGAUUGUGAGUGAUGAAUGGCAUAUUGGAUUUUCUAAAUUUAAAGGAACAAUUUAUAUAUGUCCAUUUUUCAAUGAUCAUGAUGAAAAUGAAAGCAAUUUUGAGCGUUUAAAUAUGGCUUCUUAUGGUGGUUAUCGAUUUGAGCAUUAUAUAACCAAAUCCAAACAUCAAGAUACAAGAAUGUAUGACAAUAAUUUUUCUCCUACAUUACAUGAAUAUUCUGCUUUGCUCAAAUCAAAAAUCCAUUCUAUGGCCAAUCGGAACGGAUAUCAUUCAUUAUUAUAUGUGGCCGAAAUAGACUGUCUGGAAGACAAAGAACAAGAUUCCACGCGUAUGGAAAAUUUUGUUGAAAUAAAAACGACAUCCAAAAUUAAUAGUCACAUACAAGACGAAAAUUUCCAUCGUUAUAAAUCAUGCAAAUGGUGGGCUCAAAGUAAAUUGGUAGCAAUCGAUCGAAUAAUUUGUGGAUACAAAGAAAACAAUCUUACCACAGUUACAUCAAUCGAAACAUUGUAUGUCGAUGACAUUGCAAGACGGGCCUUUCGAAUUUGGGAUUAUAGAGAUUGUUGGAAUUUUCUAGACCAUUUCCUAACAUACGUACAGAAUUUAUUGAAAAAUGAAAAUGACCCUUCUAAGGUUUUUCUGUUUAGCAAAGAACGAAAUUCAUCAACGAUUACAUGUAAAAAAGUUCUUUAUUCUGGCAAUCUUCUCAUCAUUCCUGAUUGGUAUGUCAAUGCUUUCAAAUGUGUAAAUGAUGUCAGAAAGAAAAACGAAUCAAAUGUGAAAUGA